GGCCCGUUAUGUAAUUAUGUAUACUGCGUAUAUAUAGGUAUACGUAGUAUAUAUUUACUCUUACUAUUUGCGCAGUGUAUUAAUAAUGUAGAAAUAACUAAGAUGAUUCUGAUAGUAGAGCAGAUCAGAGUGCUCCGGGACACCACAACCGCACCUCCGCCUUCCGCUGCUUGGUAACUGCAGCAAAUCCUCAUCCUAUUCAAAUUUUCAAUUUCCAAUAUUAUCAGCUAGGAUGCAAGGCACAUUUGGCGCACUUAAAGGAUAAAAUAAAUUCUUUCGUGGACCUAAGGUCAUGAGCCGAUCUAAGUUAAAGGCUAUGGGGGCAAUGGCCCCUAGUCAAUUUUCUUUUUUUUAAUAUAUAGUGUAAAAUGGCAAUAGGCUGCAAUAUGUUUACGGGCUUUAAUACAUUUGGUCUUGGAAAAAAAAAUUAUGAUCCUGUGAGGCUCAUAAUUAUGACCCAUCCAACCGACCCAAGAUAUUACCCCUCAAGGCUCAAUUCCUCCGCUUGUAGCAAAAAUCGAAUAGAAGAAAAGCUUCCGACAGAACACUCAGAAAUCGGACCAGAAGAAAGAAGAGAGCCGAGUCGCCGCCGGCAGCCUCCACCGCCGGACGCCGAGUCGCCGACCUGCACGGCUCCACCCUCCAGGUUCAGAGAUGGAAGAAGUGGAACCCACAUUCAACUCUGCAAUUCAUCCCUUCUGGGAAGAUAUUGAACGUGCUGAAAGUUAUCUGGUGUGCUGUAUGUACGAUGAAGCAGCCUCUUGUUCUCACUCUGUACUGAAGAGCUUGUUAGAGUUUAUUAAUUCUAACAACAAUAACAUACACAAUCAUGAAAUUGCAGAGAGCAAUGAUGAAUUGGAUGAUAUGUUGGAGUCGGCUGGAAUGGCCUUUGUCCAGUCUUUGAAUCAACUUGGAAGGAUCUCAGAAAUACUGAAAGAACUUAAGAUGUUGUUUGGUUCAGUCACUGCCAUCCCUGCUCAUGUCUUCUAUACUGGGGCAUGCUUCCAAAUACCUGGUUUCAUUUCUUCUGAUUUUCAAGAUAUCCUUGAGGAAUAUCUUAGCAAAUGGGAAUACAUGGAUGGAAAUUAUUAUGCUUCAGGAAGUCUUGGAGUUGACAUUACUCGUGUCAAAGGCUUCAGGAAGCAGAUUGUGCUUGGAGUUGAUGAAUAUCUAGAAGUUGUUGAGCUCUAUGUGAUAGAUAUUCUGGGAAGGGCUAUGAAAAAUGUUGAUCUUGCCGUCUCAUGGGUUGAGAAAGCUAGUUUACCUGAGGAAAAGCGGCAGAUUCUGCUGAGGCUAUUACACUCCAUGAACACUUCAGACCUCGACAGUUCAUCCCAGCCCACUGCUUCACUAUUGCAAAUAGAUGAAUAUCUGAAUCAGUCAGAUUCCAUGAUGGAAGAAAAUCCCAGUUCUGCAAACAAUCUGGAGAAUAAUACAAAAGAGACAAUUAUGAAAAUGUACAAAUAUAGAGCACCCUUUUGGUGGUUCCGGACCAUAAAUUUGAAGUUUGGGAAUGCUCAAUUCGUUGUCUCAAAUGGCAAUAUUUUUCUAUGUUGUCUACCUCUUAUCUUUUUUUAUAUGAUGAGGAGGAAGCCGGACCUGAAGAGUACUUUUAGGAAACAUGCUUGGUAUGUGAAGAAGGCUUUGACUGAUCUCUGGGAACUUGCAUUCUCAUACCAAGUAAACCCUCUAGCUGGACUUCAAUCUCUUCCUCUUGCAGCAGCCCUCUGAUUGUUCCAUCUCCUUCGUCUUGGUACUAUCUUAAGGGUGUGUUUGGUUAAAUUAGUGGAUGGGAGGGGAAAUGAUUCCCUUACCUUGAUUUGGACCUUAACCAAAAUGAGGAGGGAACCAUUUUCCUUCCCCUCCAACCACACACAAACUUACACUAAACAAUACCUAGCUGAAAUAGUAAGAAAGAAAUUCAGAUGAGUUAGUUAUUAGGCCAUGUACUUCGGUUGCUUUGAUGAACUCAUAAUCAAGACAGUCAAUUCAU